UCUCGGACGCAAACUCCGUAAAGAACAAAAAACAACUGGAGGAAGGCAACGAAGGCCACAUCACAACAAAAACACGAUAGCUUCGUUUGCCAGUGCGUACAUCUAUGAGUCGUCCACAGGAGCGAGAUUUCGGGCUGGUUCUAGAAAGCAUGAUUCCGUUACACCGAGCUUUUGGCACUUUAAUGCGCUCAGUGAUGAAGUACCUGUACACGACUUCUUUUGAAGGGGAAGAGAUUAAUGAAAGAUGGGGACAACUUAACUGGGAAAAUCCAGGUCACGAAGAAUUUAAUUCAGUCACUGUAUGCCUUAGACAACAAAAUAUAAUGCUGCAAGAAGAUCAUCGCCAAGGGAGAGAGACCUUAACACGCAAGAACUUGAUAAAUCUCGCUCAAAACCUUUGGACGUAUUUACUUUUAAACAAUUCAACAAGAAUGAGGACAUUUUCAAGUAUGUAUCGUGACGGAGGAUGGACACAAUUUUCCUCGCGACAUGUCACAACGUUUGAGCAAAGAGUACAAAUGUUGCUGCAAUUCUUAAAGGUGUUCACAGCCAAGUGGAAACCACAGGCCUCACAGUUCACAAGAUCAAAUGAUAUUAACCUGGAAGAGUUUGGGAUUCUAAAUGAAUAUUCGGAAUCGCUGUAAUCUGCUGCUGCAUUGGACUAUUGCAGCAACUGAAUAUAAAGGGUUGAAAAAAGAGAUUUAAUGUAACGAUUCAAAUGUUUGAAAAACUCCUUGUAACCCAAUUCUAAAAUCGGAAAAGUCCAUGCGAUUUACCUUUGCAGGGCUGCUUGAUUUUAAACUGGUAAUUGAUCCAUAUGACAAGCUGUAACAGUUGUAUUGUUCGGGCAUCUCAUAUUUAUUUUUGUACUAAUUUAAUGACAAUGAAUGCUUUUAUAGUAAAUCAAAUCAUUUAAGAUGGCAAAACAAGUGAAAUGUUCAGACAUUCGUAAAACAAGUUCGAUCAAAGGGUUAAGAACUGCCAAAACUCUUUUCGAAGAAAUAAGUGGUAGCUGUGACCCUUUGCCAUUUAACUAACAAGAACUCGUCUUCGCUUCACUUAUCAGCAAAGAGGCAAACAAAUGUUUUACAAGUGUAAUCACAUUUGUGAUUUCAGUUGCUAUGAUAACAGUUUUAAUGUCCCAGUUGAAUUUAAAAAGGCUAACAUUUAAGAUGUUUGAAGUAGUGCAAGUCACCUUAGUGGUAGACUUACCACGGUUGGAAAAUUUUUAUGUUUCUAAAAGUUGAGAAAAUGUUGAAGUAAGGUUAAACCAUAGGAAUAACUGAAGCUAGUUAUUUAUUAAUCAGACUAUAUUUUUGUACUCCACUCAUGGAUGGUUUGAUCUAUAAGUACACAAAGCACAUAUUUCACUUCCUUCAAUUUUCAGUAUAAAUGCAAAGCGUAAUUAACGUCACCUCCACUCUAGUGAAGUACCCAUACAGCAAAAAGUGAGUGAAAGUCAGUUAUCUCAUUGAUGUAACAUAUUAAUUCUGAACUGUUUGAGGACAUUUUCUUGCUUCCAAUAAGUAUAAGUAUCUUAACAACUUUCCCAUGAUGCGUUUUGUAAUAAAUGAAUAAGCAAAGAAAUA